GUUCCGCAACCCGACCUACCUUGGCUGCUCCAUUGGAGGCUCUCUUGGAGGAGGCCGCGCGGCGUGCAGGAUGCUUCGGGACGUAAUCGAUAGCCACAUCGAUUGCGUAGCCCUCCGCGUGUGGCCGCGGCGGUUGACCGAUUGGCGCCCUGGCCAUGCCUCGCCCCUGGCGCGCUUCGCCCGCUGCACUACGCUCCACGUCAACCUCCGGUCCAGCCCGGCGUUGCCGCACCACAUGGAUGAUGAAGUCGAGCUUGAAGACGACGUGCACCCGGCCCUCAUGCCCUGGCCGCCGCUGCUCGCAACCAUGUGCAUGUAUGGAGUUGGCGCGAACGUCGCGUCGGGCGUCACCUCGCUCCACCUGUUCGCCGACCUCUGGGGCCUUCCCUCGCUCGUCAGCUGCGCCGCUGUGCUGUCGGGCAGGCUGACCCACAUCCGCGAGCUCGCGCUGCUCUGCUGGCACCGCACCUCGGGCGAUGUGGGUAACCCCCGCGCUGCCUACGCCGCGCUAGCGGCAGCCUUGCCGCGCCUGACCACGCUGCUGCUUCCCUUCAACUCCUGGUUGCCCGGAUGCGGGGCGUUGGACGGCAGCGGCCUCACACACCUAAAGGUGGAGCCCCAAUGCGGGCCGCUGCUCCUCGAGGACGCACGCGCGCUGACCCAGAUCCGACAGCUGACCCACAUCGAGCUCGGCGCGCACCAUUGGCAGCAGCAGGGCAGCCAAACACAGCCCGGCUCGCCACGCCGGCUGUCGGCCUGGACCCGCGAGCAGGGCUUUCCACGAGACGAAGCCGACGCGGCGACGCUGUCGCGGCUGCACCCGGAGCAUGUGGAGCAGCUGGGGGCCCUGCGCUGGCUGCUGACACACGCGCCGCCCGGGCUGCGCUGCCUGCGCCUCAAGCAGCUAGCAGGCCGGCUGAGGCCAAUCGCCGGUAGUGACAACAACCGCAGCAGCGGCAGCAACAACCGCGGCGCAGCCGCAGCAGGCACAGCAGGCGCAGCCGUAGCAGGCGGAGGCGCAGGCGGAGGCGCUGCUCGCGAUACGCAGCGGCUGGCGCCGACGUCUGAGCUUGCGGAUGUUGUCAUCAGCUUCGAGGGCGGCGCGGUGGUGGGCGUGGAGGUGGGGCGUGCAGAGGGCGAGGCGGCGGCGGGGCUGGACUUCCUGGCGGCGGCGCUGCUGCCUCGCCUGGCGGCGACGCGGCAGGCACAGCUGCCGUUCCUCAAGCUGGGCUAUGUGGCGGACCGGUGCCGCGAGCUGCUGCGCUACCUGACGCAGCCGAGGAGGCCGCUGGCGAGGCUGCUGGCGCUGUGUGAGCGGAAGGAGCUGGGGGUGCUGAGGGUGACGGACCUGGUCCAGCGCGCCACGGCAGGCCGCCCCUGCCGGACGCCGCCGCCGGCGGCGGAGGCGGAGGCGGAGGUGGAGGCGGAGGCGGAGGCGGAGGCGGAGGCGGAGGCGGAGGCGGAGGCGGAGGCGGAGGCGGGCGAUGAGCUCUCGCGCGCGCUUCAGGCGGUGGGGAGUCUGGUCGGCGUGCCGGGCGUCCUGCACUCGGGCGGCAGCGGCGGCGGCAGCGGCGGCGGCAGCGGCGGCGGCAGCGGCGGCGGCAGCGGUGAGGACUCCGAGUGGUUUGAUUUGCAGGUGCGGCUCGGGCCGCCGCGGCCGGACGCUGCUGGGCAGGCGGCGGCGGCGGCGGCCGCGGCCGCAGCGGCGGAGGUGGUGCAAGCGGCGGACCUGCCUGUGCCGUCGGCGGAGUGGGUGCUGGCUCGGGCGGCGCAGCUGCUGUGGGCGGCCGGCGCUGCGCCGGGCGAGGACGGCGGCGCGUCGGCGGGAGCGGCGGCGGCGCAUGAGUUGGCGCGGCGUGCUCGGCCUGAUGAGGACAGGACGCAUUGCUUGCUGCCGCAGCAAGAGCACUUCUUGGUGCUGCGGGGGCCGCUGGUGCAGCAGCUGCAGCACAGCGGCACCGGCGGCAUGCGGGCGCUGGGCGACUGGCUGCGCGCCGCGCUAGGCCGCGGCCUCGGAGACAUGCGGCGGGAGCUCGAGCCGGCGAUGGCGGCAGCAGCUGGGGCGGCGGCAGCAGGGGCAGCAGGAGCAGCUGGGGCGGCAGGGGCGGCGCAGGCGGCGGGGGCGGCGGGGUUUGUGGCUGCCAUGGCAGAGGUAUUGGCGUUGAGUACCAGAGUGUGGUUGAUGGGCCAGCUCAGUGCGGUGCCCGCGGCCGCGACUGCCGUGGUGGGCUGUCGGACGGCCGAGGACGCGGCGAGCUUGGCGGCGGCGGCGGCGGCGGCGGCGGCGGCGGCGGCGGCGGCGGCGGGCGGCCGGGGUCCGGGCGGCUUGGAGGCGCGGCACGUGGGCGUGACGCUGAAGGGGCGGCUGGCGGCGCACCUGAGCCCCUGGAGCUGCAUGGUGACCUUGGCGCUGCAGGAGGUGUGGGACUGCCGGAGCCUCAACGGACUGUCAGGCGGCGCAGAGGCCGUUGGCGGCGGUGGGGGCGGCGGCGCGGCUGGUGCAUGUUACACUGGUGGUCAGCGGCGCACGAGGCGCAGGCGGCGGCGCGCACAGCAGCCGUCCGGGGCCGACGGGGGUCGUGGCGCCGCCGGGAUGGCGGCGGCGGCAGGACAGGGCGCGGGGCCGGGGGUGUCGUGUGAUGGCCGGGCGGAGGCGAGGGCGGCGGCAGGCGAGCAGGUGGCAUCGCCCGGUGGUGCCGGGUGUGUUGAUGUGCAGGCCCUGCGGCGGCUGGCGGCACUGGCGGUGCAGGCGCGCAGGGAGUUGGUGGUGCAGCCGCCCAUGCGUGAGUUCAUGGGCUUGUAGGACAGCGUUCAGGUGUGACAGAAGGCGGUACUGAUGUCGUGAGCGUUGAUGUAGAGGCUUCGUUGUUGGGGUGGGAACGAGGGAGCGAGCUGGAGUUUGACACACGCGGCAUGAUCUGCGGCUAUGGUGAUGAAGCAUGUAUUUAUACAUUCUGCAGCUGUGAGUGCCAGAAGGGCUGGCAGCGGGGGCUGCGGGGCCGAGGGCAGGCAGCCAAAGCUCCCGGCGGGGAACAGGCGGCCCCCGCACCUGCAGCAGCCCCAGCCCCGGUUGCACCAGCGGCUGUAGCAGCAAUCCACAACAGCGGCACCGCACCAGCCAGCACCAGCCAGCAGCAUCAGCGGCUGCUGCGCCAGACCGCUGCGGCAGCAAUGCCCGCCACUGGCGACUGGCGGUGAGCCACUGAACUGCAGGUCAGUGUCUCAUUUAAUGAGGCGGCGGCGAGGCAGGCGCGCGCGGUGUGACUGCCGGUACGGCGGCGGGCGCGGGCUCAUGCCGGGCAGCAGCCCGCAUGCAGGUCAGCGGCUCCGUCUUUGUCUGCAAGAGUCCUUGGUGCGGUUGCAGGUCUGGCGGAUGGCGCCCGUGCCCCGUGGGGCCGCUGGACGGCUGGAGCAUGUAUGAAUGUAUGAAUAUGGGGUGUACCGUAUGAACUGUACAGCACCGCCACAAGUACAUACCGCUUUGUCGUACUUCCUUAACUUGCCUAUUAUGGUUUGUGGCGGCUGACAUGUUGCGUUUGAUGGUGUGGCUGUGUACGGCAGGGUGGGACGACUGGUGAGCCCAGCGGCAGAUGGAGGCGCUGAUUGCGGAUGCGACUUGCCUCGCGUAGAAGC